AUGUUUAAGAAGUAUAAGAACCAGGAUUUGGACGUUGCGUUUUGGUGGAAGAAGAACCCAAAGACGUCUUCCGACUAUGUCAAACUGAUCAUCGACCAGCUCUCGAAGAUAGGUAGUGCUUCGACAAGUGAUGGCCGGCGAAAGGCUCAGGAGGAGUGUUCGAGGUAUCUGAUUGGCGUUCGGCACUUUAUACUGCGGGAGACUGAUCCCAAACCUACCGAGGCGUCCAUUGACGAACUGUACUCGGCGAUGCACCAGGGAGACCUGUUUUACGAUUUGUUGCUGCACAUCACUGACCUAGAGUUUGAGGCACGUAAGGAGGUCCUCUUCAUCUUCUCAAUCUGCCUUAAUUACUCAAAGGAUAACAAGUUUGUCACGGUGGACUACUUUGUGUCGGAACCCAAGACCAUCACUCUGAUACUCAGAACGGCGGAGCUGAUACUACAAAAGAGCGAUGCCCCGCAGGAUGUUGAGCUGAUCAUUGGGAACAUGAUCCUGGACUGCAUCAAGCAUGAACAACUGUGCAGGAUCAUCUUGCGGGACCCACAACUGUGGAAAUUCUUCGAUUUCGCGAGGAUAACCAACUUCGAAAUAAGUACCAUGGCGUUACAGGUACUGAAUGACAUGUUCACCACACACCCAAGGCUCGUAUCUCGAGAGUUCUUCUCACAGGAGAAGAAUUUGGCAAAAUUCAUAAGAAACAUAAACCAGCUCAUCGCACACGGUAACUACGUGACCAAGAGGCAGAGCACCAAGAUACUGGCCUCGCUCAUCAUGGAGAAGGCAAACAGUCAGCUUAUGCUAACCUACAUCAACUCGCCUGAUAAUCUGAAACUUAUUAUGACUUUGAUGACCGAUAAAUCGAAGAACUUGCAACUCGAUGCCUUUAACGUGUUCAAAGUCAUCGUGGCAAACCCACGCAAGACCAAACCCGUGUUUGACAUCCUCGUUAAAAACAGAGACAACCUCUUGAAGUAUUUCGAGUCCUUCGCUACAGAUAACCAGGACUCCAUCCUUCAAGAUGAAAAACAUUUUGUCAUGCAAGAGAUUGAUAAGCUUCCACGAAUUGUGUCCUCAAACAACGACAACGGCAAACCCGCAUCAAACACAGUAUUGGUUUCGACGUCGUCAACGAGCUCUGCAAAGCACCCGGCGUCGUAA